UCCGUAUAUCGUUCAAUUUACAUGUGCUAUGUUUUUCUGUUUGCACCAAACCAAAUUUUGCUGUCGAUUUUCUUCUCUUUUAUUUGCUCAGUGAAUCGAAAUGCCGCCGACAAUACAGAGUGGAGAAAGAAAGGACAGAGAUCGGAAAUCCCGUUCUACAGGCCCAGCCAGGUCUGACAUUGUCUGUCGAGUGAAGUAUGCCAACUCCCUUCCCGACAUCCCGUUUGAUCCCAAGUUCAUCACCUACCCGUUUGAGGCCAACCGCUUUGUCCAAUACAAUGCCACGUCGUUAGAGAGAAAUUACAAGCAUGAGCUUCUGGCUGAGCAUGACCUGGGGGUGACCAUCGAUCUCAUCAACCCUGACACAUACAGAAUUCCAGAUGAACAUGUUGAAUUGGACAUAGCAGAUGAGAAGCUUCUUGAAGAAGAGAUUGCAACCCCAGGAGAUUCUAAGAGAUCCCGGCAACAUUCCAAGAGCGUUUCAUGGCUUAGAAAGACAGAAUAUAUCUCCAGUGAAUACAACAGAUCUCAGCAUAGCAAGGACAAAGUUGAAACAAAAGUCGCUUACCAUCUCAAGAAACAAUUCAAUGAAGAGGAUCUUUACAAGGACCGCAGCAACCAGAUCAGUGCAAUCCAGAAGACAUUUGAAGAUGCAAAGAAACCGAUUGAAACACAUUACAGCAAAUCUCGUGUUACUCCAGUUGAAAUCCUGCCAGUCUUCCCAGACUUUGAGACCUGGAUUCAUCCAUGUGCUCAAGUCAUCUUUGAUUCGGAUCCAGCUGUAAGGGAUAAAUCAACACAACAACAGAUUGAGGAGAUGUCACAGGCCAUGAUCAGGGGUAUGGUUGAUGAGAGUGAGGAGCAGUUUGUUGGAUAUUUCUUACCAACGGAGGAGACGUGUAGGAAGCGAAAGAGAGAUUUUGAGGAAGAUAUCGAUUAUGUGGAAGGAGAAGAGUAUGAAUACAAGCUUACGAGAGAGUACAACUGGAAUGUAAAAAACAAGGCGAGCAGAGGCUAUGAAGAGAACUACUUCUUCGUCUUCCGGAAAGGAAAGGGCGUUUUCUACAAUGAACUGGAAACAAGGGUGCGGCUGAGUAAGAGGAGGGUCAAAGAUGCACCAUCUAGCAAUUCUGUCUUGGUUGUUAAGCACAGAGAACUCUAUGAUCAAGAGUCAGCCAUGCAGGACAUGCGAAUGAACCAACUGGAGAAUAUCAUCCAGGAGGAAGAAGAAGAAGAGGAAGAGGAAGUUGAGAUGGAGACUACAGAAGGAGGAGAGGGAGAAGAACAGGAGGAAGGAGGAGAAGAAGAAGAAGGAGCAGAAGGAGAAAGUCAAGAGGAGGAGGAAGAAGAGGAAAGGGAGGUGGAGCAACAAGAUUCAGAUGCUGAACAAGUGGAGGAAGCUGGCAGUGGAGAAGAGGAAGAACAAGAAGCAGAGGAGGAAGGAGAGGAGAUGGUAGAAGGAGAGGAAGAAGAAGAAGAACAGGUGGCAAGCGGGAGCGAACAAGAGGCAGCCAGCGGAGAGGAAGAGGAGGAGGAGGAGGAGCAGGUGGAGCGAGAAGAAGAUGAGGAAGAAGAGGAGGAAGAAGAGAGAGGGAAGAGGGAAGUUAGGGAUGAGGAAGAGAUCUUUGGUGAUAGUGAUAGUGAGGAAGAACAAGGAGGAGAAGAAGAGGAGGAGGAAGAGGAGCAGCAGCAGGAGAGUGAGGCGGAAUCACCGGUUGCAAGUGACAGUGAUUGAAACCUUCAAAUAACUCUAAACCCAUAGACUAAUAGUUUCUGUAAUUCCCAUAGGCUUUGUACAGGUAUCACUCGAUUCCUGUAGGUAAUGGGUUAACUUGUUGACUGCUGAAUUCUGGAAUCCCCGUAGGCAUUUUACAAGGAUCACCCGUUUCCAGUACAUAGUGGAUGAACCAGUUGACUUCUAAAUUCUGUAUUUCCCAUAGGCAUUGUACAGGGAUCACUCAAUUCCUAUACGUAAUGGGUUAACCUGUUGAUUACUGAGUUGUGUUAUUCCAAUAUGCUUUGUACAUGGAACAUCAGUAGGAAAUGGGGUUAACUUGUUGACGGCUGAAUUCUGGAAUCCCCGUAGGCAUUUUACAGGGAUCACCCAUUUCCAGUACAUAGUGGGUUAAUCAGUUGACUUCUGAAUACUGUCAUUCCCUUAGGCAUUGUUCAGUUAUCACCCGGUUCCAGCAGACAAUGGGUUAAGGAGUCUUUACUCUUUGGCUUUGCUAAAGCUGCAGCCAAACUCGUUCACUGAACACUCUCACAAGAACUGCUCUGCAUUAUGUUAUGUCUAUCAUAUAUGGUUAAAAUCUGAGAAAGUAGAGUUUUAACACUUCUGGGGGCUAUUUCACAAAGAUUUAAGUAUGCCUAGUUGCAUGCAGUAAAAAAUGCAUGACCGUAUUAGUCAGUUCAUGUCAAGAGGACACGCACUACUGCAUAUUAAUCAAUAAGAUUGCGCAUUGCAUAUCAUUUAUGUGUUGGCAUGUAAGUGAAACAGCCCCCAGUUGUAUCCAGAUGGAAUGACAAAAAGAGAAAGGAAGAAAG